UCUCAAUCGACAUCCAGUUUGUUGUUAUUGACAUGUCGCAAGUCAAGCGCGUGGUGCUGGUGCUGCCGGCAAUCACAUUCGGACUCGGCGUGUGGCAAGUCCAGCGGCUCAAGUGGAAGGAAGGCAUUGUCGCUGAAAUGGAGGCCAAGCAGCAGGCGACGCCACAGCCAUUCGACCUCAGCCUUGCUCAAGAAGACACGCUCGACCAGUAUGCAUAUUCAAGAUUCAACGUGAAGGGAUCGUUCGAUCACGAGCGCGAGAUUUACAUUGGACCAAGGCGCGAAACGAACGCACCGCCGCAAUCCGACCUCGGAUUUCAAGUCGUCACUGCGUUUAAGAUGAGUGACACUGGCAAGUGGGUUCUUAUCAACCGAGGCUGGGUUCCUCGUGAGAAGGAGCUGCCUCAGGCGCGCCCAGAAACACUUAUCGUCGGCGAGCAACAAAUGACCGCCGUGUUGCGUCCAAUUGAAAAGAAGAGCAAAUUCAUUAAACUCGACGGCAGCGGAAGUAAGCGCAUGAUUGUCGCAGACAUUCCUCGAAUGGCACAAAUCCUUGACACAGAGCCUGUCAUGCUGGAUGUCACGGCUGACAACUGGCGAUUUGGCACGCUUCCGAUUCCUGGACAAACCCGCGUGACUGUCCGCAACGAGCACAUGCAAUACGCACUCACCUGGUUUACGCUGACUGCGGCCAUGGGUCUGAUGUUCUGGAAAGCGCGAUGAUUGCUGUUGAGAUUUGUGUUUUCGUGUUUUUGUCUUUGUGAGCAGUUACAGCACAUCCCCCGCCCC